UCCAUCACGUCACGUCACGCACGCGGGGCGCGCGGCCAGGCUGUGCUGGGAGCUUCGUCCCCCUCCACUCCCGUCAGCUCCCCCGGCCCUCCCCCCGCCCCGCCCCGCCCCGCCCCCACUCCGCCGCCGACGUAAGCACCACCCAGCAGCCUCCCCUCCCCUCAAGAUCCAAGCCACGCUCGCCCGCUCGCCCCGCGCAAUGCCCCGCUCCUGACCAUGUCCUCGCUCUCGAUCCCGCCUCCGCUCCUGCGCUCCUCGCCGUCUCCGUCUCCACCCGCGAAUUGGAGGAGGCGCGCGGCGCGCGUGCGGGUGCGCGCUCCGGUGGCGGCACUGGCCGGCGACGGCGGGUGCGCGGGGACCGGGAUGGAGCAGCAGCACCUCCAGGCAGGGAGCGCCUCCGGCAGCCCAGUGCGAGAGAAGCCUGUCAUGUCAAACAUUGGGAAAUCAACUAAUAUUCUAUGGCAUGAUUGCCCAAUUGGACAAUCUGAGAGACAGAAAUUGCUGGGGCAGAAAGGAUGUGUCAUAUGGAUCACAGGACUCAGCGGUUCAGGGAAAAGUACCGUUGCCUGUGCACUGAGUAGGGAAUUACACUACAGAGGCCACCACACCUAUGUCCUUGAUGGUGAUAACCUUAGACAUGGCCUCAAUCGAGAUCUAAGCUUCAAGGCAGAAGACCGUACAGAAAAUAUACGAAGAGUUGGAGAAGUGGCAAAGCUUUUUGCAGAUGCUGGUACCAUAUGCAUUGCUAGUUUGAUAUCUCCAUAUAGGAGAGACCGUGAUGCAUGCCGAGCUCUACUUCCGGAUUCUAGAUUUAUUGAAGUAUUUAUGGAUUUGCCACUAGAAAUAUGUGAAGCUCGUGAUCCUAAAGGGUUAUACAAGCUUGCACGCACAGGAAAGAUUAAAGGGUUCACUGGAGUUGAUGAUCCGUAUGAAUCACCAGUGAAUAGUGAGAUUGUAAUUAAGAUGGAAGGCGAGGAAUGCCCUUCACCCAAAGCAAUGGCCAAGCAAGUUCUAUCCUACCUUGAGGAGAACGGAUACUUGCAGGCUUAGCAUACAUACUCCAGAUCCAGAAGACUGGUCUUAUUCUUGUGUGUCCAUAACUCAUGGACACAAGCAUGAUCCAUUUGGUCCAUCCGGAAUAAAAGGUGCUGUUAUUGAAGCAACAAGCUGCCUUUUUCACGAGGAAAUGGGCCCAGAUCGAUGAUCAGUUUGAUUGUUCGGCAUGGCUCCUCUCCUGUCUGUUGUGCUAUUUUAGCUGUAGUUUAUACUUACUCAUUCCGGCUGAAAUGGUGUGGUGUGCUGUGUUGAUUUCUUGGUGAUGUACUUGUAAUCUAAUUGUCGAUGUCGAAGUACGUACGAAUAAAUUGUGCUUGCGUUUCCUGA